UCAUAUUGGACACACGUCUACACUUCCCCAAGUUUUUGUUUAUUUCCCGUCGAAGCUCGCGGGGUCAAUGACACGCGUGUCAAAAUGCUAAGUUCUAUUAAAGUUUACAAUUUUAAUUUAAUGGGAAUCAAAUGAGUGGGACAUAUUCAGUGUUUCAUUAAAUUUUUAAUUCGUUUUUUUAUUGUUACGUAAAACAUAACUCAGAGACUUAUAAUUUGAAAUAUCAUAAAAUUUUACGACUAUCAAUAUGCGAACUAAAAUUAUUUUCAUAUUAUUAUGCCUCACUCCGAUGAUUCUAUCAAAAGUUAGAAGAUAUUCGCGCUUGCAAUCAGAACCGUUAUCAAAGACGAGAUGCGAUUUGGUUUGCUACGAUGCAAGAAAGGAAGAUAAGGUUCAGUGUCGCUCAACAUGUCGAUCACAAGAGAGGAAGCCGGGCACUUGUCCGAGCACAGACCACCCUCGGUGGGUAGCGGCAUGCAUAGAGGCAUGCAACAGUGAUGCGCAGUGCGACGGAACGCAGCGGUGCUGUAGACAUGGCUGCAGCUCUGCGUGCAAUGAACCAAUCGACCUUCUAACCUUAGCUGGUCUCCCAGCUUUACCGACACUGGACGAAAUAAAAGAAAGGCGUCGCUCAGUGAUCAUCCAAUGGUCAGACGGUGUCGGUGACGCAGCUCGUACUGUGCCCGGUAGAGUCCUCUAUCUGCUGGAAGAGCAACAUCAUUUAGGUCCUAAGUACGAGGAGGCUGGCCUAGGCGAAUGGAACCUUCUUAUGAGAACUAACAAGACAAAGGUAUCUCUCCGUAACCAUUUGAAACCUGGUCGAUGGUACCGGUUUAGAGUGGCAGCGGUCAGUGCGUCAGGGACUCGAGGGUUUUCCGAACCCAGCGCACCGUUUACUCCGCGAAAAGGGCCGAGACCGCCUCCCGCGCCAAAGAAACUCAAAGUGCAACGGAUCAAUUCUGAAAAUGGGAACGUGACAAUAAAAUUGGAAUGGAAGGAACCACGCUCAGAUCUACCAAUCAUGCGUUACAAAGUUUUCUGGAGUAGAAGAGUACGCGGACUGGGCAGAGAACUGGAUUCGGUCCUAGUUAAUCAUCAGAGUGUACCAAAGGAAACUUCGUUUGAUAUCUACGAGUUAGAUUAUAACUGCAGUUACCUAGUAAGCAUUAACAAGACAAGAAAUGCUAAAACCGAUGACUCCAAUAUUGUUAUAACAGUCCCUGACUGCGAAUAUUUUAAAAGAAAAGUAAACAGUACUGUCAUACGAUGUAAUCCAUGA